AUGGUUUCCGUCAGCACAGCCAUCCACCACUCGCGAAGAAAGUCGAGAAAGGCUCACUUCGAUGCUCCUUCCUCUGUCAGACGGACUAUCAUGUCCGCUCCUCUUUCCAAGGAAUUGAAGGAGAAGUACAACGUCAACGCUCUUCCAAUCCGCAAGGAUGACGAGGUCAUCAUCACCCGUGGUACUUAUAAGGGCCGUGAGGGCAAGGUCACCUCUGUCUACCGUCUUAAAUAUGUUAUCCACAUCGAGAGAGUAUCCCGCGAGAAGGUCAACGGACAGUCCGUACCAGUCGGUAUCCACCCAUCGAAGGUUGUCAUCACCAAGCCAAAGCUCGACAAGGACCGUGAAGCCAUCCUAGAAAGAAAGGGCAAGGCUAGCAAAGGAAAGGGAAAGGCUGAGGAGUAA